AUGUACAUGAAGGAUCUUAAAGAAGCUAGUUACAAAAUUUUUCAAUUAAAAGCUAUCAUGGAAUCUAACGAACCGAAAGACAUCAGUGCUACUAACUUUAUACCUGAAAGUUCCCCUAUAACAUUUGAUGUGACUGUGAAUCACAUCAAAACUUCUGAUAAGGACAAUAAUAGCAAGAAAGUGUUAAUACUGGGCGAUGAAUGUGUUAAGGGACUGAGACCUCAUCUUGUUAAACUUUUGAAGGCCAACUAUGCAGUCCAAGCUAUCAUUAAACCAGGUGCGAAAUUUGGUGAUGUGAUUAACAAUUUGUCAGCAUUAUUGAACGGGUACGGAGAAGAUGAUUAUGUAGUGAUUAUGGGAGGAAUAAAUGAUUUUUUACAGGGUAAAGUACCUAAGAUUAAGAAUAUAUGGACCACUUUAAAGUUGUGCAUGCACACAAAUAUAUUUUUUUUUAUCUACACCCUACCUUAA